UUGUGUACACACCAUAAAUACCGAAAUAAUUUUUGAGUUUACAACAAUUUUCGAGAACUUUUCACAGAAUCACAGUAAAAGAAGUUGAACUUUCUACAACAGUUUGCAAGUUUACGACAAAGAAGAUGGACAGCGAUGACAGUGAUGUCAUGGAAGGAUCCUCGGAUGAAGAAGGAACUCUGAGCGAGUUCCAGCAAGCCGCUGAAAGGGUCCAGAUGCUGGCUGCUGGUCUACCAAAAGAGAAACUCUUACAUUUGUAUGCACGUUACAAGCAGGCGACCGUUGGUAAAUGUAACACAUUGCGACCGGGUCUCUUUGACUUCCAAGGCAAACAAAAAUGGGAUGCGUGGCACGGGCUGGGUCACAUGACAAAGGAGACUGCCAAGGCAGAGUAUGUCUCUGCAGUCCAGGAACUAGACCCGGAAUGGAAAAUUAUUGAGCACAGAGGAGGGGGAGGAGCUAUGCUUGGAGUGGGGGUCAGCACUAUGUGCAGGGCAGAGGAGGAUGUAAGUGAUGUGAAUAAGACAGCUUUUGACUGGUGUAAAGACGGAAACCCGGAACAGAUGAAGUAUCUACUGGACACAGGCAAGGCAGGCAUAAAUGAGAUUGACGAAGAGGGAAUGAGUUUACUACAUUGGGCUUGUGAUCGUGGUCAUGUCAACGUAACGCAAGCAUUGUUGGACCAUAAAGCAGAUGUAAAUGUACUAGAUGCCGAAGGGCAAACGCCAUUGCAUUAUGCUGCUGCCUGUGAACAUAUACCGAUAGUGGAGCUUCUUCUUAAGCAUGGAGCAAAUCGUAAAAUAAAGGACAAUGAGGGCUGCACGCCACUAGACACUACCUCAGACAAAGUCAUCCAGAAAAUGUUGGCUGUCCACUAACAGUGACUUGAGAGGAGGCUAGCAGUUUGGAGGUUAAUGGGACUACGUGUGCAACUAUUUGUGUGCAACAGACAACACGUCUCUGCAGAGAAGUAGUCUUGAUUCAAGGUGAGAUCUUUGGAAAGGUAUGAGUGACAUGUGGUUUGUGUUUGGAGGCUACAGUCUACAAGAACAGUGUCCAGCUUGCUGGUGCAAUAUUGUGUUACGGACGUGUCCUACGCCUCAGUGAUGACAACUUUGUGCCACAGCCUUGUUGAGGAUGCAGACUUUGGCCUCGUUUUAACAUCUGAAGUCACAUUUUGAGGCUCGUGAAUUAGGCCAGAUACCAUCCUUGAGCGAAUGUCUGGGUCCGUAGGAAAUGCACCUUUGACCUGGCAUUCAUUUGACACGGAGAUUUGCAGUCAUUUCACAUGAUACAUACAGUAUGUGUAUUAGAUAAAUACAGCAGUACAUGGUGUACACAUUAUGCACCGUACCCUGCAUGCAGACGGUCGAGAGUGCAAGCUGACUGUUCAUCACCUUUGAGCUUGGACCAAUCACAAGCCUGAUAGAAGCUUACCUCACAGCACGGUUAUCCAAUGAAAUCAUUGGGCCUGUAUGACCAGUGCCUUUCUUUAGUAUAAAGACAGGGAACCAGUCUAAUUUUGGCCAGGCAUAACUGUCCACUCACACAUGUGAUUGGUUGAGAUCCCAAGGGCUAUAUAACAAAGUGUUGUUGAGUCACAGCCCUCUGUCAUCUCAUGGUGAACUUUUCACGGUGCGGCCAUCUUGCUUAUUCUUCUAUUCAACCUAAUGUAGCGUAGCCUUGCUACCAUGGGCAGCGUGUUGUAUCGAUACCUCUCGUCACUUACCCCUGGCAGGGAUGGACUGAGAAACAACACUGAUUGGCUCCCAAGGGUGACUACUUUGCAUACACUCUGUUUAAAAAGUUUUGAGCGCUUGUAUGGCGCUAAGUAGAAAAGGCAAGUACUGUUUUGACGAGAUUCCAUUUAAGUAGGAUUUGAAACUUUGCAUGGUGGAAAUACAAUAUGGAAAGGUUUGUGGUAACACCAUGUA